AUGCGCGUGGAACGAGAAGUGGGGGUGGAGAGGUCGACGCUCCAACACCCCGUGAAGUCCAGUCGCGGGGGUUAUCUGCGAUGCCCGUUUGACAUUGACCCUGCCUUUGCCCUGACUGCAGAGCGCCAUGCGGCAGGAGGCUCUUUGAGUCACGAGUCGCACCGACUGCACGCUGUGCGUGGGAGCGGUGACGGCCAUGACGCUGACAACAAUGAAGAUGAUAUUUGCCGUCCGUGGAACCGAGCGGGGGUUGGGGCAAAGGCCCUCAGUGCAAAGGAGAGGCGAUUGCAGCAGCAAGAGGCAGAAAGUAUUUACGGCUCCAUUGCCACCAACAACGCCGAUGAGAAAAAUGAGGAUGCUUCGACAGCUUCUGAUGCAGGCUUAGCGGUUGCUCUCUCUUCGUGGGAAAAGACGGCCCUGCAGCGUGUCGUGCCGCGGGGUGUACUGAAAAAAAAAGCCCAGCGCAACGGCGAAAGUUGUACAGAGGCAAUGUCAGAUGAGGGGCGCCAUAAAGUAGGAAGACAACAGCGGCAUCAGCAUGUGGUCGGAGAUAAGAGAGAAGCCGAGGGACGCACUCUCUCUGUUGGCGUCGGACGGCCCUGCCGUAAAAUGGGGGAUGGUGGACAUCAAAGUGCCCAUCCGCGUGAAACUGGGGAAUCUUGUGCGCCACGAAAGACGGAGGAACAGUCGAUUCCAGAGGAAAACAAACCGUUGAACAGACUCCAAAAAUUAGAUGCGAUGCGAAACGCCGCACUUUUUGGAAAGAAAAAAAUGCUUUCGAAGCGUUGA